AUGCCUCGCAAGAAACGGGCAAUGAGAAAAAUUGGCAACAGCUCCGCUGCAGACGUUAAAGCUGGGGUACUAUUAAUAAGGCAGGGUAUGUCUAUCAGAAAAGCAGCUACGAGUUGUGGUGUGCCAUUUACUACCCUGAAGAGGUAUUAUUGGAAAACUGCUGGUUCCGAAAAUCUCGAUGAGGAGCGAUUCGAGCCGAAUUAUUCUGUGAACCAGAUCUUUACCGCAUCCCAAGAAGAGAAGUUGAAGGAAUAUUUUUCGCAUUGCGCUCUUCUGUUUUACGGAUUAACUGCAAGAGAAUGUCGUCAUCAAUGUGCUAAGCUAAAUAAUAUAAAGAUGCCUAAAUCUUGGACAGACAAUGAAAUGGCGGGUAAGGACUGGUUAACUUUGUUCAAACGUAGGAACAGGUUUUCUUCCAGGAGACCAGAACCUUGUAGCCUAGCAAGAGCUACAGCCUUCAACCGAAACAACGUCAAUAAUUUUUACAAUAAUUUAGAAGAUCUGAUCAAGAGAAACUCGGCUUUUGCAAAUGGUACCCGUAUAUUUAAUCUGGAUGAAACAUCAACGACAACAGUGCAAAAGCCUCAAAAGUAA